UCGCCGAUUUCUGACCCUUGCUUCGCUGGAAACGUCGACCAGUUUUUUUUUUUUUUUUUCUCGCAUACCGCCAGAACCCCGGAAGAAAGAAAGACCACCACCGCUGCUGAUUUGUGGAAGGAAAAAAAAAAGAAAAUUUCAGAAGAGUUGAUUGAAGACGACCGCUGACAUUGCCAACAUUCAGAGAAGGUCCGGCAGUUCUGACCACGCCAGUCUGUGUACAAGAAGAAAGACUGACUCUGCAAGCGUGCGCACAUUGCUAUUCUGAAAGGCCUAGAGACAUCUGCAAGACCAUCAGUCGGUCCUUGUAUGAAAUAAGGCCAUCGUCGUCAUCCUCUUCAACUACAAUAUUUUUUUGUGUGUUGUGUUGUCGCCUCAAGGGUGCAUCCGAAGCUCGCUGUCGCACCGUGUGUUGAACUGGUGUCCCCGAAAAAUCCCUCCCUGUGUUUCGAAAGAUUGCGAGGAGAGAAAGCAAUCCACAACACUUGAUUGUGUCUGUGAGAGUGUACGUGCGUUUACUGCACCGAACAACCCUCUUCGUCGAUUUCAACUUCGCUUUAUUUUUUAUUUUUCGACAAGAAGACGUGUUCUCGACUCGCCUCCUCAAAUCUUGGUUAAUAGAGUUCUGAGAAACCACCGUCCUACUCCGAGCGUCGUGCAACCCUUUAGCUCGACAACGACCUUCUUUAGAGAAGAAUCUUCGGUUGGACCCAUCGUACUCGAGCUGUGCAACAGAAGAGGGAGAGGAGGAUUUCCCUGGCUGACGUCUUUGUGGUAUCGCUGUCUUGGCCUGUGUACCUCGCCGCCGCAAGUUUUUGUGUGGUGUUCCAAAAACUUGCCCGGAUCGAGAGGGGGACGUGAAGAGAGGUUCCGGUUUCUGCAGCUUCACUCGUGGAAAGAGCUUCGGCCUUUUGUGGAGUGUCAGUGCUUAAAAAAAAAAAAAAAAGGUACGAAGAAAACGUCGUUGACGACCACAAGCAUCCCACUGUGUCACGGGGAAGCUGCUAAAAGCUAGGAACUUCCAAAAAGUCGACAUGGCUCAACGGUACGAUGACCCGGUGCCCCACUACGGCGGCGGCGCUGGCGGCGGAGGCACGGCCCUGGAGGGACCCCUGGGGGGCUACGACCACCACGGCCGCAUGCAACAGCUGGCGCACAGCCCGCACCCCAUGAACGCUGCGGCCGCCAUGUACACCAAUCACGGAGCCGCCGGAGCCGCCAAUCACGUGAUGGGCGCCGUGCCGGACGUCCACAAGCGAGACAAGGACGCCAUCUAUGGACACCCACUGUUUCCCCUGUUGGCACUGAUCUUCGAGAAGUGCGAACUGGCCACCUGCACUCCCCGAGAGCCCGGCAUCGCCGGUGGGGACGUGUGUUCCUCGGAAUCCUUCAACGAAGACAUUGCCGUGUUUGCCAAGCAGAUAAUGACCGAAUAUCCUCAAUACACUUCAAAUGAGGAGUUAGACUCUCUUAUGGUGCAAGCCAUACAAGUUCUCAGGUUUCAUCUUCUAGAGCUCGAAAAGGUGCACGAGCUGUGCGACAACUUCUGCCAGCGGUACAUCAGCUGUCUGAAGGGCAAGAUGCCCAUCGACCUAGUGAUAGACGAGCGCGACAGCAAGCCCGGGGACCUGGGCGACAACAACAACAACCACAACAGCAGCGGCGGGGGCUCGGGGGGCUCCGGAGGAGGCGGAGGGGGAGGCGGGGGAGGCGGGGGAGGCGCGGGGGGCCGCGGUCACCACAACCCCGACACCACGGGCCACAACAGCACCGACAGUUCCUCCACGCCGGAUCAGGGAUACGGCAUGGAAGACAUCGAACCUGGCCCAGGAGACGACAGCGUCGUCGACGGUCACAGCCCGUUUCGACGAGCUGUCGGUGGUGGUGCGUGGCAGUUCCCCAAGUUCAGCAAUUCGCGGCCCCCCUCGCAGUCCCUGAACUCGUACGGCACAGCGGACGACGUGCGUUCACCUACGGGUUCGGCGGGCACUCCGGGACCCAUGCCCCAGCAACCCAGUUCUCAGCAGAGCACCGACAACAACAGCGAAGCGGGUAAAUCGGUGGACUCUUUCAGCCUGGGACUCUCUCCACAUGGCGAUGCCAGUGUGGGCUCGGGUGACGGCACUGGCGAGGACGAAGACGAGGACAGAGGCAAGAAGCGCCAGAAGAAGCGCGGCAUCUUCCCCAAGGUGGCCACCAACAUUAUGCGAGCCUGGCUCUUCCAACACCUCACGCAUCCGUAUCCCUCUGAAGACCAGAAAAAGCAGCUGGCCCAGGACACCGGACUCACCAUCCUCCAAGUCAACAACUGGUUCAUUAACGCGAGGCGAAGAAUCGUGCAACCAAUGAUCGAUCAAUCUAAUCGAGCUGGUGGGACGAUAGGAGGCGCAAGUGCGGCGUAUGGACCUGACGGUGGAAUGGGAUACAUGAUGGACGGCAGUCCACAAAUGCACAUUAGGCCACCAGGCAUGCAGAACUUGUCCUGCGGCGAUGCGUCGAUGGGGAUGGGUCACAUGGGCGCCAUGGGCAGCUACCCGCAAAUGCCCCAGUUGCGGUCGCCGACGCAGGCCAUGCUCCUGCCUGGCCACCCGCACGCAGCCGCCAUGAUGAUGGCGCCCAUGGGUCACCCCGGGCUACCCCCGCAGGGGUCACCUUACGACGGCCAGCACAUCAUGGACAUUCACGCCAGCUAAAGAAGAAAAAAACACACAAGCAAGCCGCGCCGCCUCGUGGCCCUUCCUCCGUGGCUGCCCUCGUCACCGAUUGUCCUCUUGCUCCAAGCUGCGCUGCCUCCGUUCGCCACCGCAAGGUGGCAGCACUCGACGGACCGCUUUGUUUCUUUAGUCCUCCUGCUUUCACGGUUCUAUCUUGGUCUGUUUCCUCGUGGCAUACGCACGAACCUUGCAAUACUGCGACUUCCCGCGGCAGGGUAGUAGUGUGGCGCCCUCUGGCCUAUCUUGUACUUCUUAUUCUUACGCAACUUUUCGCGAAAACCGCGUUAUUUUUGUUUGUUUUUCUUGGCGAGCGCGUGAGAGAUCGUGAGCGACAAUUUUUUUUUCAACUUUUUUUUGGUAUCUUCCUCUGAGAUCGAUCAUUACCUGUACUUGUUUUUGGCACGUACUUUCAAACUCCUACGUUGUCGAUCGUCUUGCAAAAUGCAUCUGUCUCUGUCGUCUGCGACGGGGAACAGAAGUCUAAAAAAUUCGAUCGAUCGUCUUCUAUUUAGCGAGGCGAUUCGUUUUCAGAGAUGCUGAGAAAAAGCAUUACGAAAAAAAAAAGCAAGCUCAUGGCGUUUUUUAACUACUACAAAUAAAAUCUGCGAAGUCAAUCCUUGAGUAAGCUUAGCUAUCUGAACGAUCAUGUCUGCUCAAGGUUUUAAACGAAUAUACGAAGAAAAAAAAAGAAAAUCGAAAAGCCGAUGCGCAAGACUCUUUCCCCAUCGCCGAUGGCUCAGCCGGGCGCCCCCAGGGCGACCAUGCAUCUUCUGUUUCUUGUCAUACGACUUACGCAAGAAGGAAAUUAUUACGGCGAAAGGUCGAAAAGGCUUUGCCUUUUUGGAUCACGUGAACCAUCUCCCAUAGUCUUUAUAUGGAUAUCUUUAAGUAUUGUGUUUUGUUUUAGUCGUGGCUUUUCUUCAUCUUGGGUCCCCCUUGACCUUCGAUCCAACGCGACAAAACUUUUUUUUUUUUUCAUAUAUACAUACACCCGCCCAGAAGCCGCCGUGACUGAGGCUAAUGAACCAGUCGACAUUUUGCAAUCAUAACGACAUUCAU